AAUCCAAAAGAGCUCCAACUCAAAGCCAGAGCUCUGGAAGCACCCAUCCCAGCGAGCAUGACGCCCGGCGUUCAAGGGCGGAGCAUCGCUCCUGGCGGCGGUGGAGGGCGCGCGAGCAUGGCUUCCUCGAUCGCCAAUCUGUGCAACACCAUCAUUGGCACAGGCAUGCUCGCCACCCCCGGCGCCUUUCGAUACACCGGCCUCCUCCCCGGCCUCCUGCUCAUCCUCUUGUGUGGCUUUACCGCUGCAGCUGGUCUCACCAUGCUCGUCCUGUGCGCAGACACACUUGGCGGGAGAAAGAACAGCUUCUAUAGCCUGGCAAUGAAGACGCUGCCAAGGGGUGCGCGCUGGUUUGAUGUCGCCAUUGCUGUCAAGUGCUUUGGCGUUUCAAUCUCGUACCUCAUCAUCUGUGGGCAGCUUAUGCCUCAGGUCGUACUGUCCUUUGCAAAAGCGCUCGACAGUCAUGAGCGUCUGCCAGACUUUAUCCUCUACCGCGACUUCUGGAUCUUCUGCUUCAUGGUGGUCCUUGCCCCUCUCUGCUUCCUCCGGCGCCUUGACUCACUCCGACACACGUCCUACUUGAGCCUCAUGGCCGUCAUCUACCUCGUCCUCAUCGUCCUCGUCUACACGGUUCCCCACAACCGCGAGAAGCUUCCUCCGCCGGGUCCGAUCUACAUCAUCAAUCUCGACGGCCACCACUUUGUAUCAAUCUUUCCUAUCUUCGUCUUCGCAUUCACAUGCGCGCAGAACAUGCUCCCCGUCCACAACGAGAUGGGGUCUGAGAGCGAGGGCGAGGAGCACCUUGCGAGGACGAGGCGUGCGCUGUCCACAAGCAUCUCCCUCGCGGCUUCUAUCUAUAUGCUUGUCGGAGGGUUAGGCUACCUCUCAUUUGGAGCCAACGUGGGCGACAACAUCAUCACCAGAUAUCCAUCCAACAGCCUCUUUGUCUGCUUUGGCCGCCUGGCGAUUGUCAUUCUCACCUUCUGCAGCUAUCCGCUCCAGGUGCACCCGUGUAGAGCUGCCCUCGACAAAGUCUUUGCUCCCACGAGGCGCCAGGAGCCAACGGCGGAGGAGACGGCGCCAAUCUACCAGGGCGACCACGACAGAGAGGAAGAAGGCGACGAAGACGAGGACGGGAUCGGGCAGUCUGCCACCGGUCGGGCGCCCAAAGAGCCGGAAAUGUCUCUGCAGAGAUUAUGCAUCCUCACUUGCCUCAUCCUGAUGUCGACAUUUAUCAUCAGCCUCAUCGUCGACGACCUCGGCAUCAUCCUGGGCUUUGUUGGCAGCGUGGGCUCCACAACCAUCUCCUUUAUCCUGCCUGGCAUUCUCUUUGCCACGCUGCACAAGGAGGGUCCCCGGUCCAAGUACAGGCACUGGGCGUUGCUCCUCGCCGCCUAUGGCUUCAUCGUCAUGGUUCUCUCCCUCGCCGCCAACAUUGUCAAGGUCUCGACAACCAAGCCCCCGGCCAAGACACCACCGCAAGUCCUGGCCAAUCGAUUCGAUGGACGGACGCUUUCCUUCUUCUGAUCAAGACGAUACCGAUGGCUGCCCUGUCCCUCUUUCAUACACUACCCCAACACAGUUGUAUUUUUACCUGUUUGUCUCUCUCAUCCCGGGAUGAACGCGCAAUCCUCAAUUCUUUUUGCGACG